AAUUUCAAAUCCCCCGAAGUUGUAAACAAGAAAUGAGAUGGAAGAGGAAAGGCGGGAUAAUGUGGAUUGUUGAACACAAGGAGCAGUAUGAUUAUUGUGAAAAUGUUUGAGAAGUAGAAUAUCAUUUUGAAAAAUGAGUUUGGGACAGUUAGCCUCAGCGGGUGACGAUAUAAAGUUAUGGGAUGAAGGGAACUUUUCGCUUUUAAAACAGUUCAAUCCCCAUGACCAAAACAUAGCAGACAUUUGCUGGAGUCAUGAUAAUACAUUUCUAGCUAGUGUAGCUGUGAACAGUGAGAAGAUAGCAAUUUAUUCAUGCAAGACAUCAGCUUUUCCUAUUACAACACUUGACUGCUUGCCUGGGAGAUUAUGUCUGGACCUGACCUCCACAUCUAGAUAUCUUGUUGUAGGAGGCUCAGACAGUGUCAUUAAUGCCUGGGACUUAAAAUCCAGGACAAUCAAAAAAUCUUACAAGGAUCACAAAGGCCCUGUCAGCUGUGUGUUAUUUAAUGCUAAUGCUUCUCACAUAGCCUCAGGAUCAGAAUCAGGGGAGAUAAUUGUGUACAAUGUUGUCACUGGACAAGGAUGCAGACCGAUGACUGCUCCCAAAGUCCAGGCUAUAAGACAGCUGCAGUUUAAUGCAGUGAAGAAGUCUUUGUUAGGAUCCGUGUCGGAGGAUGGAGCCGUCAAUCUGUGGGACAUCAACACGCGGCGACUUCUUCACACCUACAGUACCGCUCACAUCGCUUCAGCAACAGGACUCAAGUUCUCUCCCCUUAACGACAUUCUGCUACUCUCUGUAGGACUGGACAAAAGAAUGAUCUGUUUUGAUAUCCAAAGCAAAAAACAGGUGAAGUGUAUGACAGUCGACUCUCCGUUGACAUCUAUUGACGUGAAAUCAGAUGGUGUGACGGUGGCGGUCGGGUCCACCCGAGGGAAGGUGUUUGUUUACGAUCUGAGGAAGGCCGAUACUCCGUUCAAUGUAUUUAACGCCCACAGGUCCUCUGUCCAGAGACUGAAGUUUGAACACAAAUCUAAUAAUGAAUUUCAAAGUUUAAGCAAGCAAGAAUCCUAUGCAAUGAAAGCCAAACUGAUGCACAGUGAAGUAGAUGGUCUCUCACCAGGCAGACGACAGCUUCCGUCUGCACCUAGUGAUCACGUGAAGGAGAAUAUACUGAAAGAGGUUGACCAGCCUACCUCCAGUCCUUCAGGAGCAGAGAGAAAGGAUCUGUACUCCUACAGGAAUGUCAGGUCACCCAAUCAGAGUGAUGGUAUUUUUUCUCCUAUGAGAGAACACACGGAUUCCUAUGGAGCAAUGUCUCCCUUGGAGAAUGGGAGCAGGCAGUCAGCCGGAACAUUGGGAAUCAGUAACCUCACCCCACUCAGAUCUGACAUUAGUAACACCAAAAGUCAUAAUGGCAGCAUAGGACUAUCCCCAUUAGCAGGCCCGUAUGCUGGGUCACCUGAAAGCUACAUAAUGACCCACCCCACCCCCUCCACAAGUCAGCCAGAAGUUAACCAGAUACCAGAGCCUUCAGAAUCUCACACAACUCCAGUCUCAAACAUUGAUACAGAGACACAGAGAUUCUCAGCAUUUACCAGGAGGAGUGAGAACAGAAAUCUGCCGAACUCUCUCGUUGGUGGAACAACCAGUGAAUUUAGUGCCAGUCCUGUGACUGGAAUAUACAGUGACUCCUUCAGCAGAACUAGAAAUAACAGUAACGCUUUAGAGAGGCACAAGUUUGAUGAGUCUCCGAGUGCCAGUUCUGGGGGCGUUGGUCUUCCUCCCUUUAAACUGACUACCUCCCCCGAGGGAGCACAGAGUGUAUCCUCAGUAGAUGUGGUCCCCCCACAUACCUCCAGCUCUCAAAUGAGCCAGAACUUCCCAACGCAAGUCAUACGCAAUCUUAUAAGUGAGGAGCUGGAAGAUUUCAAAGAUCAGAUUCACAGGGACAUUCUGCAAGUACAAGUGGAAAUGAUCAGACAAUUCGAGAUACAAAUGAUGGAGAUGACAAAUGUUUUCAAGCAGCAUUCGGUAAACCAGGAGCUUCUUCAAGAAGUAGAACGACUAAGGGAGGAAAAUAAACGCUUAAAGAAAAACUUCUGAUCGACCUUCCAUGCAUAAAAUGACCAGUUCUGAACAAACUUCCAUGCAUAAAAUGACUAAUAUUAUUUGGUGCUCAUUUCAAUCACAGUUGACAAACUUGUAAAUAAUAACUGUAUGAAAUGGAGUCUAUAUUUUGAAAAUCUACAGUAAACUUACACAGUAGGGAACUAAAUAUUAAUUAAAUAUUAAAAUACAAAUGAAUUUGGUUGAUACAUGUAUAUUUUUACAUUGUAUUUUUAAAAUGCUUAAUGUUAAACUACAGGCCUUUAUCUACAUUAUCUGUAGAUCUCAUGUAUUAGGGUUGUUUAAUAAAGUCAGUUUUAUUCCUU